CUCAUCAUGGCCUCCAAAAAUCCGCCGCUGCGUCCGAGAAUGAGCACGAGAAGACUAGCGGUUGGCCCUUUCCUUCCCCGCGCGGAAAUGAACAACGUCAAGCCGAAACAGAGGCACCGGUAGAGGUGUGCGCGCCGGGGGAUAAAGCCUCCGAGCUCAUGCCACCCCGGUCUCCUCGAUGUCUUCGUCAAAAGCCACGUACAGCCAUUUGACAAAGAGGGGUGCGAACCCCGGCCGCGGCGGCGACAGAAACAUGAUCAGGGAUUUUUCUGUCAAUCUAUCAGUGCAGCAAGUGCUGAGCCUCUGGGUACAAGGCACGACGCUGCAACAUUUCACAGAGAUGUGGUACUGGGUGUUCCUGUGGUGUCUCUUCUCCUCUCUCUUGGUCCACGGGGCGAUGGGCCUGCUCAUGUUGGUCAUGUUGCAGCGCCACAAGAGGGGUCGCCUCAUCACCUUGGUCCUGGUCAGUCUGGGUUUCCUGACCUCCCUGGUUGGAGGGGUCAUCACCAGUGCGGCGGUAGCGGGGGUGUACAGGGUGGCAGGGAAGGACAUGGCCCCCCUCCAGGCCUUGGUGUUUGGAGUGGGCCAGACCACCCUCUCUGUCCUCAUCUCCUUCUCACGCAUACUGGCCACCCUCUGAAGAGAUGACCCUUCCACACAGAUGGACAGACUCACUGACGGAUGGACAGACACACACACACACACACACACACACACACACACACACACACACACACAGGAGAGGAGGGAGCGACUGGGCACGUGUGGGAGACCAUGGUUCACAUCCUACCAGUUACACUCGCCAGCGACAGAUAACAACACAGCCAAUGUGUGAACUGUGGUGUCAGUUAACCUCAUGUUGUAUUUGGAGGAAAACAAACACAGUAAAUUAGCUGAAGACUGUGGUGUCCCAGCAGUUGCAGACAUUUAGGGAGGGAUGCCGAAGAGAUAGUACCCCCCCAGUGGCUGUGUUCUGCCACUGCUGCCCUCACUAGAUCCCCCUCUGCUGCAGUACGACAUGGGACGUCAAUGCAGGUCUCAGUUCUGUGUUCAAGAAGCACUUCAAAAGGCUCCCCACCAGGUGGCGAUGUCCCCAGCCUCCGUCAAGUGUCGAGUCAGUGAAACCACAUCCUGGACCGAAGGCAAUGUCUUGGGUAUAUUCAGAAUUGUCAGUUCUAUGUGCCAAUGGCCUCUGGGACUUACCUCCAGGGUUGUCAAGAGAGAUGCUUUCAUGGCCAUCUCCACAGACUCUCCUUGAAGGUUUUCUGAUGCACUUGUAGUGGGAAAACCACCCACAUUUGUUUUUUACAGUAAAGAAAAACGACAACAACCUGUAUUUGAUUGUACACUUAAUAUCCUAUGGUCCUUGAAGUGCCAGGGUAUGCUGAUGAGGGCCAUGGCCAGAACAGAGAUGGACCUUUUGGAGACCGAUCGUCAUUCUGACAUGAGAGGAUAUCAAAGAGGAUGCCAGACAGGAUGUCAACCGAACUACCUUUCAGUGUUAAAAACACAACAACCACAAAACGACUGGUUCUUCUGACUGUGGACAUCUUUAUGACUAUUCCUUCUUGUAAAGUUCUUCGACUACCGCAGCAGUGUUUCUGUUGACAACAUACUCCUACAUGUUUCUUUUUUAGGGGAAAGAAAGAAAGAACAUGACAAAUGGCUUAAGCCUUUCUACUUUCUAAAUGUUGCCGAUCCCCCUUGUUUACCUAAAAAGGUGUCUGAAUAGGGAAAGUUGUUCAGGUGCCGUAGUUCAAGGUUACUAAGGAGAUAGAACCACUAUCUCUGUUUGACCUUUUGUUAAUUCGUGUCUAGACCCGUCCAGGUUGUCCAACAUACUCUGAGGCAAUUAGCAACUCUGGCCAUGAAGAUUGGCUGGAGAGGGUCAGAGUUGGGGAAUCUUUCACUACCUGGUUCUUACAGAGUUUUAUGGAGGUAAACUAAUGUCUUAACUGAAGUUAAGGGAUGCAAUGUCCUGGUAGUAGCUGUAUGGCUGCUUGAGAAUAGUUAAGAUAGAGUAUCUCUUGGAAGGGUUUCUGUCUCUGUGUUGUGGUGCAGAUUUACUGUUAAAGGCACAGUACAGUCAACAAUGUCAUUUUUCCUGUGUUUUAUAUAUAUUUCCACACUAUGCGGUUGGAAUAAUACUGUGAAAUUGUGAGAAUGAUGAUCGUGCCCUUUUCGUGUAAGAGCUGUUUGAAAAGGACGCCUGAAAUUUUUGCUUGUUUUGGUGGGGUGGAGUUUUGGCCUGCCUGGUGACAUCACCAGCUAAUAGACCAAUAAGAAAGAGAGUUCCAAAGCUCUUUGUCAAUAACAGCUAGUUUUCAGUUUUCCCCUCUCUACUUCAGACAGUCCUAGCAAAAUUUGAGACCGUUUUGAUUGAAAUGAAUAUCUAAUUGUUACCCAGAAAUUAUUUAAUUUUGAGAUAAAAAUGUCUACAUUGGACAUUUCUUAAGGUUUAGAAAUUGGAAUCCAGCCGCUACUUGGUGGUUAAAGAUACAAAUGUCUGGACUCCUAUAAAUCCCACUCCAUAGAGAGCCAUUUCUAUAGAAGGUCAGAGACUCAAUCUGCAUCCCAAAACACACCCUAUAUAGUGCCCUACUUUAGACCAGAGCCCUAUUCCCUAUAUAAUGCACUACUUUUCACAGAGCCCAAUGGGUCCUGGUCAAAAGUAUUUCACUAUAUAAUGAAUAGCAGGGUGUAGUUUGUUAUUUCCUCCUGGUAUUGGAGGGUUGCAAGGUCCACUGUCUUUACCUGUUAGUCAGAGAGCUGAUAACAUACCAUCCCCACCAGUCACUUUCAUUGGUUGGUAAAUUACAUUCGACCAAUAAAGGGGUCCUCUGCCGCAUAAUAACUAGAGGUGAAUACCACACCAGACACUCGGUGGAAUCUAAGGGUUCUUUUUUUAUGCCAAAGGACUUUGUUCUCACAUUUUAACUUUAUUUAUUGUGGAUUUCUUACUUUGUUUUUGUUAUUAUUGCUGAGAAAGUAUGUAUUGUUUUCAUAUCAGAACCAUUCUUUUUGCACAAUGGCGUGAGCUGAACAAAUGGAUUUUAAAAUACCCCAAAUCCCUUUGCUUCAUUUUGGCCAAAUAUGAAUGUCCAGUGUGACCUGAUUGAGUGAUUUCUUUUUUUCAUUAGUUAUAUAAUUGACACCAGUCACCUUCAGUACCAAGUCAUUCCACCAGAUGGCACUAGUGCAUUGCAUUUUAUGAGGGACAGUUACAGCCAGUGUAAGUGGGGGACAUGGAUUGAGAGAGAGAUGAUUGUGUAUUGAAGAGAUGCCUGGUGAUAUUUUUUGUACUUGAAAUGUUUCUUAUAUUCUUUAAUUAAUUCAUUCUUGAGGCUUCCAGACGGUCUGGAAACGUUUCUGUUUGACAAAUCUAGGGUAUAACUAUCAAAUCUUUAUUUGCCAAAUCAAACUUUAUUUGCGCUGAAUACAACAAGUGUAGACUUUACCGUGAAAAGCUUACUUACAAGCCCUUAACCAACAGUGUAGUUCAAGAAGAAGAAAAUAUUUACCAAGUAGACUAAAAUAAAAAGUAAUAAUUAAAAGUAACACAGUAAGAAGAACGAGGCUACAUACAGGGGGCACCGGUACUGUGUGCAGGGGUAUAGGCUAGUUGAGGUAAUCUGUAUAUGUAGGUGGGGGCAAAGUGACUAUACAUAGGUAACAAACAAACAGCAGGUAGCAGCAGUGUACAAGAGGGGGGGUGUCAAUGUAAAUUGUCCAGUGGCGAUUUUUAUGAAUUGUUCAGCAGUCUAAUGGCUUGGGGGUGGAAGCUGUUGAGGAGCCUUUGGGUCUUAGACUUGGUACCGCUUGCCGUGCGGUAGCAGAGAAAACAGUCUAUCACUUGGGUGACUGGAGUCUGACAAUUUUAUGGGCUUUCCUCUGACACCACCUAUUAUAUAGGUCCUGGAUGGCAGGAAGCUUGGCCCCAGUGAUGUACUGGGCUGUUCGCAUUACCCUCUGUAGGGCCUUACAGUCAGAUGCCGAGCAGUUGCCAUACCAGGCGGUGAUGAACCCGGUCAGGAUGCUCUCGAUGGUGCAGCAAUUUUUUUUUAUUUUUUUUUAUUUCACCUUUAUUUAACCAGGUAGGCUAGUUGAGAACACCUUUAUUUAACCAGGUAGGCUAGUUGAGAACACCUUUAUUUAACCAGGUAGGCUAGUUGAGAACAAGUUCUCAUCUACAACUGCAACCUGGCCAUGUUAAAGCAUAGCAGUGUGACACAGACAACAACACAGAGUUACACAUGGAGUAAACAAUAAACAAGCCAAUAACACAAUAAACAAGUCAAUGAUACAGUAGGAAAAAAAGAAAGUCUAUAAACAGUGUGUGCAACAGGCAUGAGGAGGAAGGCAAUAAAUAGGCCAUAGGAGAGAAUAAUUACAAUUUAGCAGAUUAACACUGGAGUGAUACAUGAGCAGAUGAUGAUGUGCAAGUAGUGAUACUGGUGUGCAAAAGAGCAGAAAAGUAAAUAAAAACAGUAUGGGGAUGAGGUAGGUAGAUUGGGUGGACUAUGUACAGAUGCAGCGAUUGGUUAGCUGCUCAGAUAGCAAAUGUUUAAAGUUGGUGAGGGAAAUAAAAGCCUCCAGCUUCAGCGAUUUUUUUUUGAAUUCCUUCCAGUCACUGGUAGCAGAGAACUGGAAGGAAAGGCGGCCAAAUGAGGUGUUGGUUUUGGGGAUGGUCAAUGAGAUAUACCUGCUGAGAUAUAUAGAACCUUUUGAGGAUCUGGGGGCCCAUGCCAAAUUUUUUCAGUCUCCUGAGGGGGAAAGGUGUUGUUGUGACCUCUUCACGACUGUCUUGGUGUGCUUGGACCAUGAUAGUUUGUUGGUGAUGUGGACACCAAGGAACUGGGAUACCUACCCCAUAAGUAUCCCCCCUUUCCCUUUCCUUUUCCAUACUAGCUCUCUCACAACUCUUCGAUUAAAGAAAAUACUUGGAAAUUGUAUCCUUAAAACAAACUAUAAUGAGCUAACUAUAAUGAGCUAACUAUAAUGAGCUAACUAUAAUGAGCUAACUAUAAUGAGCUAAAAAUUCCCCCGAUCAACUGAAUUUGUAGUGCAUUAGUUAGUUAUUACACUCAUUGAAAUCUUUCCUGGUUCUAGUUCAGGAACCAAAUGUGACUUAUUUCAGAUGACUCUACCACAGAUAGAACAAUGAGAACAAUUUUUCACUGAAUUUGUACAUGUGAAGCAAACGCUUGGCGUUUCUACUCACUACCAAAUAUGGUAGUGAGAGGAAGCCCAGUGGCCGGCAGUGGGACACGAUGGAUCAAGAUGGAUUUCAGCCGACAUUCUGCAAAUGACCUCAUCGAUGAAACAUUUGUUCUCAAUACAGUGUUCUGUUCCCAAAACUAAAAUAUGUUAUGAACAGAGUGGACUGUUUUGUAGACUUUGCCCUUUGAAAAAAAAAAAAAAAAAGAAGUUUGAUCGCGUUGUUUAGAAGGUGCUAGUUAUUGCACACGCACACAUCACAGAGUAUAGGCGUUCCCUAACGGAAAUAUGCAGACGAUGCUAAAACACGCCAAUAGGAUCUCGCUAGUUCAUGCUUGGCUCUGCCCACCUUAUUGCUUGUCCUGCCCACUAUGACUCAUUUGUUCCCAUUGGAAACAACAGGCUGUGGCCUAUCUUGGUUUAGUUCUAAAAUCUUUGACUCUACCCUGCUGUCAGAUAUGAUCAAUACUGUAUGCUUCUGUUUGUAAGUGAAACUGUGUUUGACAGAGUGUUGAUGUUGUACUUGAUGUAUGUAUGUGUGGUUGUUUGUGUAUGUGACUGUUUUAACAUGUAUUAACUUCUUUUCUUACAAUCCCUGAAAAGUGCUUUCUCGAGUCUUGGGCAAAAUGUUGUGUGAUGGCAGGUCACUGAGCAAUGUCUAAUAAUGUUGUUUAAAACCUUUUGAUGUAUUUCAUCUACAAGGUGUUCACAACUAUUUUUUCUGCUACCAAAGCUCCAUGCACUAUUCUUAAUACUGUUAAAUGUCUAUAUUUUGUUUCGCCAGGUGAGGAUGCAUCAUGUAUUAUUGUGCAGAGUAGACGAAGCCGGGUUGGGCUCAAUUCCAUUUAAAUUCUAGUCAACUCAGAAAGUAAACCAAAUUCCUGUUCUAAAUAUUCUCACAUAAAAUCAUAAAACAGAAUUGGCAUUUCAGUGUAAUUUGUGCGUUGACUGGAAUUGAGGAAUUGACCCCAACCCUGAUAUAUUCUUCACCAGAGGAUGUGUAGCGUGAGCUGUACUGACAUACAUUGACAUUUACAUUUGCACCAUGGACAGUAUUUUGAUACCAAUAAGAUGGAUUUAUCUAUUACAAACACUAACCAUAUUUUGGAACGUUAAAAGGAAAGGUUCACCCAUUUUGAAUGUUAUAUUGUUUUGGUGCAUCUCUAAGUGAUGUUUUAUCGAUUCCCUGGGUUAUUUCUUGUUUUCAUGUAUGUCUGAGUUAUUGGCGUUGAAGCAGGCAGAAAUCCGUCCGGUGUGACGUAGCACCGUGAUGAUAAAGUCUCUCUCGCUACACUGGAAGUUAAUAGGAAUUUUUAUUUUUUUAUUUCACCUUUAUUUAACCAGGUAGGCUAGUUGAGAACACCUUUAUUUAACCAGGUAGGCUAGUUGAGAACACCUUUAUUUAACCAGGUAGGCCAGUUGAGAACACCUUUAUUUAACCAGGUAGGCCAGUUGAGAACAAGUUCUCAUUUACAAUUGCGACCUGGCCAAGAUAAAGCAAAGCAGUUCGACACAUACAACGACACAGAGUUACACAUGGAGUAAAACAAACAUACAGUCAAUAAUACAGUAAAAAAACAAGUCUAUAUACAAUGUGAGCAAAUUAGGUGAGAAGGGAGGUAAAGGCAAAAAGGCCAUGGUGGCAAAGUAAAUACAAUAUAGCAAGUAAAACACUGGAAUGGUAGUUUUGCAAUGGAAGAAUGUGCAAAGUAGAAAUAAAAAUAAUGGGGUGCAAAGGAGCAAAAUAAAUUAAUUAAUUAAAUACAGUUGGGAAAGAGGUAGUUGUUUGGGCUAAAUUAUAGGUGGGCUAUGUACAGGUGCAGUAAUCUGUAAGAUGCUCUGACAGUUGGUGCUUAAAGCUAGUGAGGGAGAUAAGUGUUUCCAAUUUAAGAGAUUUUUGUAGUUCGUUCCAGUCAUUGGCAGCAGAGAACUGGAAGGAGAGGCGGCCAAAGAAAAAAUUGGUUUUGGGGGUGACUAGAGAGAUAUACCUGCUGGAGCGUGUGCUACAGGUGGGAGAUGCUAUGGUGACCAGCGAGCUGAGAUAAGGGGGGACUUUUCCUAGCAGGGUCUUGUAGAUGACAUGGAGCCAGUGGGUUUGGCGACGAGUAUGAAGCGAGGGCCAGCCAACGAGAGCGUACAGGAAUAGGACUUUUAGAUCACCAAAACGUCUAUCAUACAUGUCAGAUUUCAGUACUUGCCGAUGUCAUAACUCAGGAGAAUGUCUUCUCUUGAAUGAGACAUUUUCUGUGAUAUUCCUACCUCGAGAAAUUUGUAAUUUAAGGAGGGUCGAGCACAUUUUUUUCCAAUUUGUCUGCCUCUUUAGACCAGGGUGCAUUGCGUGGUGCCAUUGAGUUGUUAUAGAAAGGAGAUCGGAAUCCACUGAAUGGUAGAACGUAAUACCGACUCACCCAGCAGAUGUCGACCAAUCGCAUUCAAUUUGUCUUGCUGCGUCACGCGGUUGCUAAGCUAAUCGUCACUCAAUCCCUUCUCAAAGUCAGUGUAUAUGUCGAGAAACGUGCCUAUUUUCCUCGAAAGUACGUUAUGUCACGAUUCCAAAGCUAUACGAUACUACAGAUAGCAAGUUAAUUAUCUCGCAUCUCAGAAAAGAUUUGUAAUGUUGUACUUCUUGUUGACAAAAUAUGUGAUAACGUUGGGUUUUUGAGCUAGCGCCCAAUAGACUCCCAUUCACUCCUUGAAGGAGAGGGCUCAUUGACCUAGCAUGGGCAAUGUUUCCCAUCUCCUGUUUGAAUCCACUUUGUGAGACACAUCGAUAUGCAGGUUGAACAUGGUGAGAUUGUAGACUCCUAAAUUGAUAGUGUAGUUUGUUGAUGCAAUUGUACAGCAAACCAGCUACUUUACAUGCUGGUAUUAUCUUUGGUAUUAAUUAUUGUGUGUUGCUACGUUUGCUAGCUACACUCUUAGGAAAAAAGGGUUCCAAACAUUUUUGGUUCUAGGUACAACCCUUUUUAGUUCCAUGUAGAGCCCUCUGUGGAAAGGGUUCUACAUGGAACCCAAAAGGGUUCUACUUGGAACCAAAAUUGUUCUACCCGGAACCAAGAAUAGUUCUUCAAAGGGUUCUCCUAUGAGGACAGCCAAAGAACCCAUUUAGGUUCUAGAUAGAAAAAAAGGUGCUAACAGUGUAGCUAGCUAGCCAGCCAGCCUAUAGAGAGAGCAUUGCAUUGUGGGUUUUGUAGUUGACAGAUUUCCACAACGAUUUUCCAUGUUGCUACCAACCUUGUUAUAAUGCCAAAAUGAAAAAUGUGUGUUCACAAAAAUAUUGUUGUCACGUAUUCAACACUGUAAAUUAAAGGAAUGAAUGGUUUUGGGUGGAUUUUUCCUUUAAUGUAAUUGCCAUGAAUGUAAAUUUGUUGGUGUUGGAUGAAGAGGAUGACAAGGAGGAUGAGUACAUUUUCUGCUCACUGUGUGAUGACGUCAUAGACGUGGGCGGGUAAUCCUGUGUGAUGAUGUCAUAGACGUGGGCGGGUAAUCCUGUGGAAACUGCAAUAACUAUAGGGACAUUUUGCAGCUGGUGAUCCCCACAGUUUUAAAUACCCACAACCCCCAUCCGACCGUACGAUGCGCUGUCCUAUAAUCCGUUGUUUGUAUUUCUCAUGAGCUUUAUAACCAAUGCCAACCCCUCAGUCCAGUUCAGUGUUAUACAAAUCCCACGUACGCUCCAAGGACAACUCUGUACCCACUCAGCAACUGCAUGCGGAAUGAAACUCGGAUAAUGUGUGUGAAUGGAUUCGGACAAUCCAUAGACCAUGGUGUGCAAAACAAGUGGCACGUGUAGAUAAUGUAUAAUAUGUUGUUUUUAAAACUUUUGUACCAGCGAACGGCUGAUGUUUCUAACUGUAUUUAUGUACAAAUGUUCUCCUGUACAUACUCAGCAUUCUAUUGAAUUAAAAUGUUUUGCAGUAAAAAUA